GCGACACGGCUCACGUUCGCAGCAGCAGCGUCGCAGGUCCGGUGUCGGCUGGCAUGCAUGGUGGUGCAGUGAGUGAGUGACGAUGCUGGGUGGUAUGGACGGCAAGGAAUACGGGGCGCUGCACGCGGCCGCCGCCGCCGCCGGCUACGCCAUGGACGCUGAUGGCAGCGCAGGCGGCAUGGGCGCUGGGGGCGGCGGCGCGGGCGCACAGCAGUACGGCGAGGUGAACCAGCUUGGUGGUGUGUUCGUCAACGGCCGCCCGCUGCCCAAUGCCGUGCGCUUGCGCAUCGUCGAGCUCGCGCAACUAGGGAUCAGGCCAUGCGACAUCAGCCGUCAACUACGAGUGUCGCACGGCUGCGUGUCCAAGAUCCUGGCGCGCUACCACGAGACCGGCUCCAUCCUGCCCGGAGCCAUCGGCGGCUCCAAGCCCCGGGUCACUACACCCAAGGUGGUCUCAUACAUCAAGCAACUGAAGGCGAAGGACCCGGGCAUCUUCGCGUGGGAGAUCCGCGACCGGCUGCUGGCGGACGGCGUGUGCGACAAGUACAACGUGCCAUCAGUGUCGUCGAUCAGUCGAAUCCUGCGCAAUAAGCUGGGCGGCGCCGCGCUGUAUCCCGUCCCACCGCUGUAUCCCGUCCCCCCGCAGCGCUGCUGGCCGCUGCAUCAGCCCUACGACUACUAUGUGUAUUUGCAGGGUCGACAGCACACGACACCGACGGCGCAUGGGCUGCCCCCGCACCAGCAGGCGCCGCACCACGCGCACGCGCACGCGCUCUGACAGUCCGCGCCGCCCGUCGCGCAGCUACCGUCCGUGCCGCCCGCCCUGCCGCCGCGGUGACAGACGUCGGGCAGGCGGCAGCGGCGCCAAGGGCGGUAGCUGCAGACAGCGGGUGGACAACGAAUGCGGCUUUCGUCCGUUGACCGGUUAACGACCAACACAUCUCAAUAUGCAAAGUGUUCUUCAGUGAUCUGAAUAAGACUUGUAUUAUCAUUAGAUCUGAAAAUUAAAACUAAUAAAUUAUAAAUGUUUUGGUAAGAGAAAAGUGUACUUAUACGAUUUUUCAUUAUGAAAUAUAGCAAGUCUUAUUUAGAAAGAAGUGAUAAACUGUCAGUGGCGGUGUGAGGACGCAGUGAUGUUAUAUUUUAAAUGAAAUAAUGUCGAUAAAAAGUAUUACUUAGUGUACAUAGUGAGUGACGGCGUGUAAGAUACUCGCGAGCCUUCCGCUUAGAAUAAAUAGAUAAAUGUAUGCGACAGGAGACGAAUGGUCUAAGUAUUUAUAAGUCGGGUGCAAUGAUGUACAUAUUUAUAAUAAUUAUAAGUCGUGUUUAAGACAAUUAUGGGUACUUAACUUAGUUUAGUAAACAAGAUAUUCACCAUAAAAUAUAAUAAAACAACUGCAGAAUACUAAAUUGAAAUAGAUAAGUACUUAAUAAGUAAUAUCAAAAAUCUAAAUUACUAGAUUUAUUUUCCAU